AUGCCCACCGAAUUCGAGCUUCGCAAGCGGAACUCCCAGUUCGCGGAGAAGUCGCGCGCUGGCAAGAACCCGGUGAAGCCCUCCCGCCAGGAGCGGCUUUUAAAACGUAGCCCCAUCAGCCUCUGGGCCCUCGGGAUCAUUAUGUUUGUCGUAGUGGGCGGAGUGCUGUUCGAGUUGCUUCGCCUCUUCUUCCUAUGA